UCGAGACAUGGACCAAUGAUUGAGGACUGGGGUCCUGAGGACCUAGAGAACCGCCUGCGCGUUCAGUUGGGGUGGUCCGGUUGAAGCCAGAGCUGAGGCCUCUGGUUGUAAGGCUGGAAGGCAUUGCUGUGCCGCACCGGGGGCCCAAGCCGCUGCCCAAGAAAUGCGGGGCUUGGCUGGAGCCCAUGGUCCAGCGGCCAACUAGUCGCCGGGGCUGGGGUGGGAGGUUUCAUUGACUCUGGGGCAGGAAAAAGGCUGGAAGUUCCACAGGUGACAUCACAAUCGCCUCCAGAUGUAGGCGGGGUCAGGGAGGCAUUUCCCCGGAAACGGGAGCCGCCCUGCCUUGCUCCGUCCUCUUCCCUCCUUCCCUUCCUUGGUUACUCCCUUCCUUCCUCCCUCCCUCCCUCCUUCCCCAGUUCUGCUGCCCGGGUACCCCACCUGAAACCCUACCCCUUGUGCCGCAAGGUCGGGGGGAGCGCCUCAGCUCUCCAGACUGGGAGGAUUCUGUACAAAUGAGCAUCACCUAUAUAAACAGGUUACCCAGCUGGGAGAGAGGACAUCUGCUGGCUGGUGUAGCGUCCAGCACUGACGCAUCUACCUUCUCCUCUGAAGGUGAAUUCCAGGACACUGAUGGGUGCUGCUGGAAACACAGAAAGCGCACCGGGCGCGUCAUCCAUCCCUUCACCUCUGACUAUGGCCACCACGCCGUGCACCUGCACUCUAUCAGCCACUGUGACUGUGAGUCUAGGCUGAAGGACUGCUCAGAGAAGACAUAUAGCAGUUCCGGAGAUGUGGGCCUAACCUGCUCCCAAGAUGUGGACUCGGCCUGUUUCAACAUCAUCCAGUGCCCAUGCUUUGAGCUCAUCCCAGAGGGAGAGUGUGUGGAGCGGUUCUGGUGUGGCUGCUACAGGCCUCUCUCUGUGGCAGUGAUCCACCAUCCCAUCCACCGUGAGUGCGGGGCAGAUUACCUAAACCAAGAAGAGGAAGAGAAGGAGGAGGAGGAGGAGGAGGAAGAAAGCAAGCCUCCCAUCCCGACCCAGGUGGGGCCCCCUGCCCUCCUCACCAACACAGGUAUGGGCAUGGUCACAGGUACCCCUGACUUAGCAGCUCCCAUCACCAUCUGGCGUUCCGAAAGCCCCACAGGGAAGUCCCAGGGCAAUAAGAUGAUCAAGAAGAUAAAGAAGAAAAAGGGGAAAGAGAAAGACAAGGAGGAGGAGACGGACGAAAAAGCAAAGGUGAAGAAAAAAGUCAAGAAGGGCAAGUUGACUAAGAAGAAAAGCCCAGUUAAAUCAGAAUCACCUCCAGGCUUACACCGAUCGUUAAGCCCAAGAGAGCUGGCCAGGAUGUCAGAGUCCAGCGCAGACAGCUGGCGAGAUCUGGAGAGUGAGGACAGUUACAAUGACCCUGGGCGGGAGGAACCCUCCAGUGAGGAUACUGUGGAGUCUUUAUCACCCAGGAAGAGAGAGAAGAACGGGGUCCAGGCCAAGAAGCCCAGGAUGAAGACCUCACCAGUCAAGAAGGUCAACAAGAGGAAAUCUCCCCCAGCAUCAAACCCCAAUCUCAGUUGAGGCCAGGGCGACCAGGGCGAAGAAUAAAUACGAUCAAACCUG